AUGAACACUUUUAUACCAGAAGAUAAGUUCUUUGACCAAUCAAGAAGGAGAAGAAUCAACACUCUAAUCUGGAUUCCUGGAUACAGCAAUGUUGAAGGGAAUGAAAAUUCAGAUCAAGUAUCCAAGUCAGCAGUAAAAUCCACUUAUACCCCAAAACUUAAUAUAACGGCUUAUCCAGAUAUAAAAAAACGAAACCAAAGAAUUCAUUCAAAUAAAAAUGGCAGCCUCACUGGCUCGAACAAAACACUAAAUUAA